UAAAUGAAAGGGCUAUACGCAAGAGAAACUAUGCCGAUCCAACCCGUUUUGUUCUCGUGUAAACGGGGUCUUAAACUCUCGUGUGCAUUAACAGCUGGCCGACACUGUGGACCUGUCUUCAAUUAGAAUCAAGUGCUUUCUAAGUGUUGGGUCACUUUGAUAUUUUUAGGGAACUGUUCAGUGUUUGGACAGGGAUUUCCAAUAUUUGCCUUUUUAUUUCAGCAACAACAAUUCUAAUAAGUUAAUUAAUUCUAUAUUUUGGAUGAAAAAGUAGAAGGAACUGGUGCAGUUCGGGAGCAUUGGGAACCCCUGCCCCCCCGACACCUUGCCUGUAUUCAUGCAUGUGUAUUUCCACUGAUCUUGAGAUACCCCAAAGGUCAGGUUAAGCCUGGAUCAUGUUGAUGCCAUGUGCUGGCAUGAAUUUGUUAAUAUCGCUUAUUGCACACCCGUAAGGGAUUAUCUCUCAUGUGUGAGUCCCUGAGCUGAGCCACGUUGUGUGAAACUGUCGCAGUGUGUGUGCAUGUUGUGGGAUUCUGGAUCGCUUUCUUCCCUUCUGCCUCCAGGUAAACGAAAAGCUCUGAAGCUGAAUUUCGCCAACCCUCCAGUGAAAGCGGCCUCCAGGCUCCCGCUCCAUCCAACCGCCCCCCCUUUCCAGAAUCCUCACAUAGAGCGUCUACGCACACACAGCAUCGAGUCAUCUGGGAAGCUGAAAAUCUCUCCGGAGCAGCACUGUGACUUUACAGCAGAGGACCUCAGGGACCUUGGGGAGAUUGGGCGCGGAGCCUACGGUUCUGUCAACAAGAUGGUACACAAACCCACGGAACAGAUCAUGGCUGUCAAGAGGAUCCGCUCCACGGUGGAUGAGAAGGAGCAGAAGCAGCUGCUGAUGGAUCUGGACGUGGUGAUGAGGAGCAGCGACUGUCCCUACAUCGUCCAGUUCUACGGGGCUCUCUUCAGAGAGGGCGACUGUUGGAUUUGUAUGGAACUUAUGGCUACCUCAUUAGACAAAUUCUACAAAUAUGUAUAUUGUGCAUUAGAUGACGUCAUUCCAGAGGAAAUAUUAGGCAAAAUAGCAUUAGCGACCGUUAAAGCACUGAACCACUUGAAAGAAAAUUUGAAAAUUAUUCACAGAGACAUCAAACCCUCCAACAUUCUAAUGGACCGGACAGGAAACAUCAAGCUGUGUGACUUCGGCAUCAGCGGGCAGCUGGUGGACUCCAUCGCCAAGACCCGAGACGCCGGCUGCAGGCCCUACAUGGCGGUGAGACAUGGCACCCAUUAUUAUCUCUACCACAUGUAAAUUAACUCACGCUGUUAAAAAACAAUAACACUAACAAACCAAAGCGGCUUACAUACACCUCAGUAGCAUAGACAUGCCCAGAUGCCUAUUUGGGGCUAAGUAUCUUGCCCAAGGUCGCCUCGACAUGUGACUGCAAGGGAUUGAACCGCUGACCAUUUGCCUGUUCAGCCUCUGAGCCACAGUUGACCCCCCCUUUGUCACUAAUGGUAAUUUUCCACUGCAGGACCUUGCACGG